AUGCCACCUAGAACUCGAGGAGGAGGUCUUAAGGGACGACCCCCACUUAGGGGUAGAGGAAGAGGAAGGGGACGUAAUGGGAGACGAGAGGAUUCUGUAGAGCAGCCUGUUCCGCCACCAGCGGCACCUCAGGCCGCACCAGAUCCUACAGCUGCCCUAGUAAAUGCAUUACAAACUGUGAUUCAAAAUCUGACUGCCAACCCGCAAGCGAAAUCUCCUACAUCAACUAUGGAGGCUAGUUACUUGCGAGAUUUCAAGAGGGGUGACCCUCGAACUUUUAAGGGGACAUCUGAAGAUCCAACUGUGGCACAGAUGUGGUUGAGAUCCAUUGAGACCAUAUUUGGGUUGACCAACUGCCCUGAGGCCCAUAGGGUGGAGUGUGCUACAUUUAUGUUGCGUGAGGAUGCAGAAUUGUGGUGGCAGGCCACCCGUGACAUUAUUAGUCCUGAGGGAGGUGCAGUCUCAUGGGUGGAAUUCAAGAGUGCCUUUACUGAAGAGUAUUAUCUAGAGGAUGUUCAGCUACGAAAACAACAAGAGUUCACUCAAUUGAGUCAGAGGGGGCGUAGUGUUACUACUUACGUCAGAGAAUUUUCUAAACUAAAGCGGUUUGCCCCAGAGUUGGUGAACACGGACUACAGGACAGCAAGACGUUUUGUGCUGGGGUUAGACACGAAGAUUUGUAAAACUGUUGAGGCAAUUGCACUUGCCACUUACGCUGUCGCCUUGAGAGCAGCUAAGUCUAUGGAAGGACUUGAUAGUUCGCAUGAAACCCCUUCAUCGUCAGUGGGACAAAAACGUCGUCACGCACAUGAAAACGAAUUAGAUGGCAAGCCUAAGUGUAAUAAGUGUGGGAAAAAUCACUGGGGUAAAUGUUUAGGUCACAUUAGAGCCUGUUUUCGGUGUGGAAAGGAGGACCACGUGGCCAAGGAUUGCUCGGGAGGCGGCACAAAGGAUUCUAAAAACUAG